AUGUACCAGAAGAAGCAGAAAGAAGAAAACGCAUGGAACAAAACAGAUUUUUCGCAAAAACUGAUUUUCCCAUCAAAACGCAUGUUUCGCAAAAACAUAAAAAGCAGAAAGAAGAAAAACAAAACAGAUUUUUUGGAAGCUUACCAGAAGAAGAUGAAGCUGGAGAGGGGAGCAACAGCACCAACAAAGAACACGAGCUCAGGGAACUCAGAGGUUGGAGAAGCAGAGGCACGAAGAGAGAAGAAGAUGAAUAGAAUAGGAAAUAUCCCUCAUGUCGACCACAAUCAGGAUGCUCUGAGUGAUGAAGAUAUUCCAGAUAAUCGAUCAUUUAUCCAUAGGAGGUAUCACAAUUGUGCAAGAAAUUUUCAUGAAAGUGAAAGGUUCCAAAGAAUGCAAUUCCUUGCUCCAACUACAUGUAGACAUUGCAACGCAAGAUUGUUCCACAGUGAAACAUCUACCAUGUGCUAUAAUAAUGGAACAAUUGUUUUGCCACCAGUCACAGCUCCAAAUGAGAUGAUUGAUUUUUUCUCUGACCAAACAGUGGAGGGUCAUCAUUUCAGACAACAUAUUCAAGCCUACAAUCAUGUUUUCUCAUUCACUUCAAUGGGUGUUCAUGUUGAUGAAAACUUAGCAACAAGAACUCGAGGUGUGUACACGUUUCGUGCACAAGGAGCCAUAUAUCAUAAGAUUGGGAGUCUCUUACCAAAUUCUAGCGACAGACCGAGAUAUUUGCAACUGUAUGUUUAUGAUACUGACCACGAGAAUGAGAAUCGAAUGCCUGAAAAUGAAGAAUUGCACUUGGAUUUGCUUGACAAUAUAAAGAAUAUUUUAAAUGCUUAUAAUCCAUUUAUUCGUCUUGGUGAUCAAUCUCUUUUUCUUCGAGGAGGUCGCCUCUUACAGCAAUAUGUCGUAGAUAAUUACGUGAAGAUUGAGUCCAACAAAUUAAGAUGGAUUCGUAUUCAUCAUAAUCACAUUCGAGCAGAUUUUUAUCAAGAUCUUCUACAUGCAGUAUAUGCUGGUGAAAAUUAUGGAGGUACAAAUUAUCACCAAUAUGUCAUAGAUAAUUACGUGAAGAUUGAGUCCAACAAAUUAAGAUGGAUACGUAUUCAUCAGAAUCACAUUCGAGCAGAUUUUUAUCAAGAUCUUCUACAUGCAGUAUAUGCUGGUGAAAAUUAUGGAGGUAAUGUUGGUCGUAGAAUAAUAUUACCAUCGUCAUUUGUUGGUAGCCCACGAGACAUGUAUCAGCGAUAUCAAGAUGCAAUGGCUUUGGUCCAAAAGUAUGGAAAACCUGAUCUUUUCCUUACAAUGACCUGUAAUCCAAAUUGGCCUGAAAUUAAAGUUGAGUUGCUACCUGGACAGUCAUCACAUGAUCGUCCUGAUUUGCUAACAAGAAUAUUUCAUUCGAAAUUUGAUGAGAUGAAGACCGAUAUUCUUACAAAACAUGUACUUGGGAAGGUUCUAGCAUAUGCAUAUGUUAUUGAGUACCAAAAAAGAGGCUUACCACAUGCCCAUAUGGCCAUUAUUUUGGAUGAAAAUGGUAAGCUACGCACUCUUGACGAUUACGAUAACAUUGUUAGAGCUGAAAUUCAGACAAGAGAUUAG